UUGACGUGCUUUACGGUAUGCUACAAUUACCAACCACGCACGUGGCUUUGACCGUCAGACGGUGUUCAACGUCGGUUGCCUUCUUCAACAAAUCCCCCUCAAUUGAAUUGAAAGCCCUAAUUGUCCUGCGCGCUGCCUCAGUCAGGUUGGACGAAGAAGCAGAGAUAGAUUCCUCGGCCUCGUCGGCGAAAAAGCAGAUGGAGAACCUAGCGGCACAUGAUUCGACCUUGAACCCUAAACCUAAAAACCAUCACACAUACACCUUCGACUCCCCCCACCCGAUCUAUGCCAUGGCCUUCUCUACCACCUCGCCCUCCCCAUGCCUCGCUCUCGGUAGCUUCAUUGAGGAACUCAAUAACCGUGUCGAUAUCGUCUCUUUCGACGAAGAGACUUUCACCUUCCGAUCCGACCCCAAGCUCUUCUUUGAACAUCAGUACCCGCCUACCAAGCUCAUGUUCCAUCCUAAACCACUCCCUGGACAAACCCAAUCCCUCCUCGCCUCCUCUGGCGAAUUCCUCCGCCUCUGGCGCGUGAAGGAAUCCGCCGUCGAGCUCUGCUCCGUGUUGAAUAACAGCAAGUCCGCUGAGUUCUCUUCGCCACUCACCUCCUUCGAUUGGAACCAGGCGGAACCUCGACGCAUCGGAACUUCCAGCAUCGACACCACCUGCACUGUUUGGGAUAUCGAGCGCGGUGUCGUGGAGACGCAGCUCAUCGCCCACGAUAAGGAGGUCUAUGACAUCGCCUGGGGGGGUGCUGCCGUAUUUGCCUCCGUCUCAGCGGACGGAUCUGUUCGAAUCUUUGAUCUUAGGGAUAAAGAACAUUCCGCUAUAGUCUACGAGAGUCCCAGGCCCGAUACCCCUCUCCUCCGCCUCGCCUGGAACAAGAUGGACGUCAGAUACAUGGCUACCAUCCUUAUGGACAGUAAUCAGGUGGUCGUCCUUGACAUUCGCUCUCCUGCUGUGCCUGUGGCUGAGUUGCAGAGACACCGUGCAAGUGUAAAUGCGGUUGCUUGGGCGCCACAGAGUGCUCGCCAUCUUUGUUCUGCAGGGGACGAUGGGCAGGCUUUCAUUUGGGAGAUGCCAACAACUGUACCACCUGAAGGGGUUGAUCCUGUGCUUGCAUACCAGGCUGGUGCAGAGAUAAACCAGAUGCAAUGGUCUGCUGCUCAUCGGGACUGGAUUGGGAUUGCUUUCUCAAACAAGGUGCAGUUGCUCAGGGUUUGAAAGAAGGUUUUCUUUUCUUUCACGAUUUCUAAAGUGCAGUCUUAUGUUGUGAUGAAGGACUUACUAAUAGUACUGUGCUAAAUGUGGAUCAGGUGUUUUACCUUUGUACUAAAAGUAGAAGAUUGAAUAAGCAGCUGCUUUGCUUUUUCUAGGGUGUCAAACUGCUUUUGUUUCACUUUUAUUGUAUCUCAUUAUUCUGGGGAUUGUUUUAUUCCCAAUUUCAUGAAUCUAAUUUUCAUUUGGUUAGUAAAUAAACUGUACAUUUUACAUUUUCAUCAUAUUUUUUUUUUCUUUGAAAUGUGUACAAAGUUGGUGAUUGAUACAAGAA